UGAGAGAGAGCAUGUGUGUACAAACUGAGAUUGGGAAAGUGGGAGUGGUGUCAAUGAGCAAGCGAGCUAACAGAUUCUUCUGCUCGGCAAAGUUUCACCACAAGUAGCUAGUUCUUCGUGCUGUGCCGAUUUCAUUGAUUCGUUUGCCAGUCUUAUAGCCUUCAAAGAUGACGAUGGACGCUCUGCAACUAGCAAACACUGCCUUUGCAGUUGAUAUGUUCAAAAAACUCUGUGAGAAGGACAAAACAGCCAAUAUCAUUUUUGCUCCACUGUGUACCUCAACUUCUCUGGCUCUGGCAUAUAAAGCAACAAAAGGCGACACUGCAAACCAGAUGAAACAGGUACUCCAUUUACAAGAUGUCAAAGAUGUUUCUUUCGGGUUCCAAACAGUAACUUCAGAUGUUUCCAGACUCAGCUGUUUCUUUGCACUGAAAAUGGUCAAACGGCUCUUUGUAGAAAAGUCUCUUAAUCCUACAACAGACUUUGUCAACUCCACAAAGAGGCCUUUUCCAUCUGAACUGGAAUUAGUGGAGUUCAAAGAAAAAACUGAGGAGACCCGACAGAAGAUCAACAAGUCUCUUUCAGAGCUAACUGAUGGUAAAAUGGAGAAUAUUUUGAAUGAGGACAGUGUAAAUGAGCAGACUCAGAUCCUCCUAGUUAAUGCAGCUUAUUUUGUCACAAACUGGAUGAAGAAGUUCCCAGAGGCAGAGAUCAAAGAAUGUCCUUUUAAAGUUAACAAGACUGAAACUAAACCAGUGCAAAUGAUGAAUCUUGAAGCUACUUUUUGCCUGGGCUAUGUAAAAGAAUUAAAAGUUGCGAUCCUUGAGCUUCCAUGCCUUAACAAACAUAUAAGCAUGCUCAUUCUGCUGCCCAAAGAGAUUGAAGAUGAGACCACUGGCUUGGAACAGCUGGAAAAAGCACUUACACCUGAGACAUUGUUACAGUGGACCAAUCCCAGCACGAUGGCCAACACCAAAGUGAAUGUGUUUCUUCCAAAGUUUAACAUUGAAGGUGACUAUGACCUGAAGCCACUUCUGGAAAGCCUGGGGAUGACAAACGUCUUUAAUGAGAGUGCAUCAGAUUUUUCUGAAAUGUGUGAGACUAAAGGUGUAGUUUUGUCAAAGAUCAUCCAUAAAGUCUCUGUGGCAGUAAAUGAACAAGGUGGUGAGUCCCGAGAGGUACCAGGAUACCGGAUUCUGCAACACAAAGAUGAAUUUAAAGCUGACCAUCCAUUUAUCUUCUUAUUUAGGCACAACAAAACUCGCAACGUGAUUCUUUCAGGCAGAUUCUGUUCUCCUUAAGUGGGGCAUAUUAAUUAUGAAAAAGCACAAUUACAUCUAUGGUGAUGCACUUUCCUGUAAAGCCUGGCAUCCUAUCACCUUUGAAAGGAAAUCUGAGAUGUUCAUAUAUCAGCCAUGUAACACAAUGUACUCUACAUAUGCAGCAGAACUAGUUUGUCUCCUUUUGUUUCACUCCCUUAAGCUGAAGGAUUCCCACUAUGGAGAACACAUCGUAUUUUACCAGGAGGUAUCCCACUCCCAGCAACAAGUAAAUUUUGUUCCUCUAUGACUCUUCCUCUCCUCUUCCCCUAAAGCAGAGUGAACUGAGAGCCUGUUUUUGAUAGACUGGGAACUUGUAAGGACUCUGGGAGGAAGAGCCGUAGGAAGAGCGACAUCCCCGUUCCAUAGCCAAACCACUCUACCUCGUGACCCACAUUCUAUGGAUUCCUACUGCCUAAAGGGGAAACGUGGACAUGUGGUGUUAUAGCCCUCCCCUUGUGCCUGGCUACAAUCUGGCAGUCCGGGGUGGUUAAAGGACCCCUGUUAAUGCACAAGGAAACAGCACUCAAGUUCUGCAGUGCCGCUAAGCAGUUCAGGGUAGAAUCAGAAUCUAGCUAUCUGUGAAACAGCAGCUGCAUUGAGACCUGUGGAUGCAAGAGGCAAGAGUAGCCACUGCCUUAAUGUACAGCCAUAUCGCUCCUCUGUGUGAGCUACAACAGUUCAUAGGUUGGAGGGUCUGAUUCCUCUGUGGGAUUUUUUCACGCAUUCCUGUUCAAACGUCGAAGAGGGGACCAGUUCACUGCAGCUAAGAGGAGUCCUGUUGUAUUUAUCCUGCGAAAAAGAAGGUUAUGCAAUUCUAGGGUAGGAAUCAGUUAGCAUAAUACUAGAAGUGCAACACUUUUCAGGCACAGGUUGUCUGUCAUUUCUAAUUUUGGUUUGGGCCUUAAGGAGGCUCCAUACAAUUACUUAAUGCCUGAGGUAUGAGAAAGAAAUAAGGACUUCAAUUUGAGUGGGAUUAACGUUGUAAUUACCAGUCUCCAAAUUCCAUAUGCCAUCAUGGUAAUUAGAUUUCAUUUCUAUCUAAAGACUGCCUGCUGCAUAUGUUCAGUACUGGUUUACCUAAUUACUGUCCAGAAUAAAGCACUAUAAAACCUG